AUGUCCCAUCAGUUAGUUCAAAGUCGUUCAGUUCGCUUUAUCGAUUUCACGGAAGAAAUCAAGAGAAGUCUUACUCAGAAGCAAGGCCCUAAAACUCCCAGGAUUAAGUUAGAGGCCUGGCAAGUAGAAAGUCUGGAUGCCGCCUAUAAUGAAGAUACUCAUCCGUCCCAGAAAACCAAGAAGAAUUUAGCCGAAGCUCUUGGUCUACCAUUCAAGAGUGUCCAAAUCUGGUUCCAGAACAAACGGGCCAAAGAGAAGUCCAAGAAAGAAGCAUCGGAUAGUGAGCGUGAAGAAAGUGGAAGGGAGUCCAGUAGUUCCCAAUUCUUUUUCAACAAUGAGUAUAUGCCCCGUGAAUUCUCUGAACCAGAAAGAAGUUCUGACCUGCCUAAGCCACAAGGACUGUGUUAUAAAGGCAGUGAGAAGACUGACUGUUCACUAAUGGCUGAAAUUGCUUCUUCACCUUUACUUUCAAGUUCAAUGUCGUAUGAUGAUUGUUACAAUGCUAUUUCUACUAUGGUACAUGCCCAGGACUAUUCAUUUGCUAGUGAUGCUUGUUCUGAAGCUAGUGAGCUGUUUGCUAUUGCCACACCAAGUUCACCAAUCAUGCGGCAGUAUGUCCAGGCCGAAGAAAGAGCCUCAACUAUGGACAAAAGCCCAGUUAUUAUGCCUUUAGUUCCCAAUUCGCCUUUGGCCGACAAUGAAGGUCGUUACCGUUUCCAGUUCCGCAAUCGCAGUAUUAUAUAUACUAGAGAAACCGACCGAGCGGGUUUUUAUAACCUCGUACAUACACACACAUCUUUAAAUGAAUAA